GCCAGACGGCACAGUCAUGCAGGUGGGUAACCAGCGCUUCCGAUGCCCCGAGGCGGUCUUUAAGCCCAUGCUGAUUGGUCUCGAUGAAGCUCCUGGGUUCCAUGAGAUGACCUUCCAGUCCAUCAACAAGUGUGAUAUCGACGUGCGUCGUGACCUGUACGGGAACAUUGUACUUUCUGGCGGGACCACCAUGUUCAAGAACCUUCCUGAGCGUCUUGGAAAGGAGAUCAGCAACCUUGCGCCCUCUUCCAUCAAACCGAAGGUGGUUGCACCACCGGAGCGGAAGUACAGCGUAUGGAUUGGUGGCUCCAUCCUGUCAUCCCUCACGACAUUCCAGACCAUGUGGAUCAAGAAGAGUGAGUAUGACGAGGCCGGUCCGAGUAUUGUGCACAACAAAUGCUUUUAA